UCUUGCGGGGGCUCCCGCCCCUUGCACUCCGUUUCCGGGAGGCCCAGCGGCACCGCGGCGCUGAGGGAAGGCGGCGGCGGAGCAGAAGGUCAGUUUCCUUAUAUAGUGCACAAGGAAAGAGGAUGGAACCAGAGAAGGCUGCCAAGCAAACAGUACUCAUCACUGGAGGAGGUGGCUAUUUUGGCUUCCGUUUAGGCUGUGCCAUAUACCAAAAGGGAGUAGACGUGAUUCUCUUUGAUGUCAUGAAGCCACUUCAGACUGUGCCAGAGGGAAUAAAGUUCAUGGAGGGGGAUGUCCGUUGCCUGUCUGAAGUGGAAGAGGCUCUUAGAAACGUAAUCUGUGUAUUCCAUAUUGCUUCCUAUGGAAUGUCUGGCAGGGAGCAGUUGAACCGAAAACUUAUAGAAGAUAUUAAUGUAAAAGGAACAGAAAAUGUCAUCCAAGCCUGCAAGAGCACAGGAGUGGCAAGUCUGGUUUAUACAAGCACAUACAACGUGAUAUUUGGAGGCCAGAUCAUAGAAAAUGGGGAUGAAUCUCUGCCUUAUCUACCUCUUCACCUUCAUCCAGAUCACUACUCCCGGACCAAAUCUUUAGCUGAAAUGAAGGUGCUAGAGGCAAAUGGUGCUGAGCUUGGACAUGGGAAAGGUAUACUAAGGACUUGUGCUCUCCGACCAGCAGGCAUCUAUGGGCCUGGAGAACAAAGGCACCUUCCAAGAAUUGUUAGUUACAUUGAAAGGGGAUUGUUUAAAUUUGUAUAUGGAGAUCCUUUUAGUUUAGUAGAGUUUGUACACGUAGACAAUCUGGUUCAGGCUCAUAUCCUUGCCUCCGAGGCCCUCAAAGCCAACAAAAAGCACAUAGCUGCAGGCCAAGCCUAUUUUAUUUCAGAUGGCAGGCCUGUAAAUAACUUCGAAUUCUUCCGCCCGCUGGUGGAAGGUUUGGGUUACAAGUUCCCAACCUGUCGUCUUCCUCUCUCCCUUGUCUAUUUUUUUGCAUUCCUUACUGAAGUGGUUCAUCUUCUGGUAGGCCAUGUUUAUAAUUUUCAGCCCCUCCUCACUCGCACAGAGGUUUACAAAACUGGGGUCACGCAUUAUUUUAGCAUGGAGAAGGCCAGAAAGGAGCUGGGCUACGAGCCUCAACAAUACAGCCUGAAUGAAGUGACUGAGUGGUUCCGAUCUCAGGGGUGUGGAGCAAAGCCAAGAAAAUACACCAUUAUCCAUCUUGUGAGGGAUGGUGCACUGCUUGUACUGCUGAUUGCUUUGGUGGCCUCCUGGUUUCCGUCUGUGGCUGCAUUUUCACUCUGAAAGGUGCUUAGCACAGAGAACAGAAUUUAGUUGUGUUCUCUGAGUACUUUUGGCUUUGACAGGAAAUCAAAGAGAAUAAAAAAAAAUCAACCACAUAUUUGUGUCAUUCAGGUAAGUAUCUUUAAUAGUUUUAUCCCCAAAGAACAGAAUUGCUGUAUACAAAGUUGUAAUUUUUAUAAAUAAUUCCUCUCCAAAGUUAAAUUGAUCAGAUCACUAACAUCAUGAAGUUCAGUAUUACAGUAACAGCAUUUUAUUCCAGGUACAACAGCACACUACAGUGAAUAGAACAAACAUCCCCAGACUGACCCUUCUUCCUCCCUGACAGGAUCCUUGAUCCAUGCCCUUCAUUCCUAAAGAGUUUGUGCUACAUGAUCCAGAGGAGAAUAAACUUAUUCUUUGAUCACAUUCCAAAACCAGAUUCUGCUUUCCACCUUGAAUGUAUAUGUGCCUAACCAAGAUUAACUGAUAAACAACUAGACAAUAAAUAAAUGCCUUUUUUGUUUGGUUGGUUUUUUAAUGAAUGCAUUCUGGUGUGUUUUCUGAGUUACCUCUGUGGUAUCUAAUGACACUUCUCUA